UCAGAUCGUAUUGGUUGCAGCCUCAAUGACGAUAGCCGUGACCUGGGCCUCAGGAGAAAGGCAAGAACGAGGAAUAGAUCACCACGAAGGCUAUCAGAGCGGUGGUGGCGGAUCCUACGGUGGAGGUCUCGUCCAUUCUGUUGAAGUGGAGAAGCAUGUCCAAGUUCCGAUCUACAAGCAGGUCCACUACCCCGUGGCGCAGUACAUCCCGCACCCAGUGGCAGUACCCAUCCCUAUCAAGGUUCCUCACCCGAUACCCGUGAAGGUACCUGUACCCAUUGAAGUUGAGAAAAAAGUUGAAGUACCCGUCGAGAAGCAUGUUCCAGUUCCGGUGGAAAAGCCGUACCCAAUCGAGAUAAUCAAGAAGAUACCUUACGCAGUACCCGAACCGUACCCAGUUCCAGUCCCUGUCUACAGAACUAAGCACAUCUACCAAACUAUUGGCGGUGGCCAUCACCACCACCACCAUUGA